AUGGGGGAGACAGGAUGUGGCAAGACUCGUCUUAUUAGAUUCAUGUGUGAACUUCAAGCUGGACCUGAUGGACCGAAAAAUUUGCUACUCAUGAAGGUUUGACAAGUUUUGCCUACUUUUCUAAGAACCUUAGUUCUUGCUAAAUUCACAAGACUGCAAUUUCAUUGCAAACGAUUUGAAUUUCAAUUUUCGCGAGAUUGUUCUUGGGACAAAUCGUUAGUCGAUAGUUGUAAAUAGUUUGCAGUAUGUUUUUUUCAUAUCUUUUUUUCGCCUUAGUUUGAAUUUAAAACAUAUAUAUAGGUACAUGGUGGAACAAGUUAUGCAGAAAUUGAAAAGAAAGUGAAAGACGCAGAGAAGUUGGCUUCCUGCAAUGAGAAGAUAAAUGUUGAUACUAUUCUAUUCUUUGAUGAGGCCAACACAACUGAUGCAAUUGAUCUUAUUAAAGAAAUUAUGGUCGAUCGAAGAGUAAAUGGACGAGCUAUUGAUCCUGAACUGACGAAACUGCAUUUCAUUGCUGCUUGUAAUCCAUACCGAAAGUACGUUAAAACAGUGUGAAGUAAUUGGUUUACUUUGUAGUUUGACCCGAUAUUCAUAUCUUAUUUAAUGGUGAUAAACGAACCUUUGUCAUAAAUUAUUGUUUUCUCUCUUUCACAAUAAAUGUUGCAGCUGUUGAGAAAAUUUGUACUAUAUACGUUUUGUUUCAGGCUACUUUUCAGCGUGCCUAGUGUCGCGACACUUAAAGUAACAUCAGCCAAAAAUGAAACACCUGUGUUGAACACCACAACUACAAGAUGCUAGAUAUCGAAGGAACUAGAUUGAGUCUUGUUGUAUCGCAUACUUGCUUCGACUUGACCUCUUUGCUCAGUUGGUAGAGCGUUGGACUAGCGUUCCAAAUGUUCGAUUCCCAUCGCUGUCUAACCACUUUUCAGCUUGCCUUGCGUGGAGACACACAAAGUAACAUCAGCUAAAAAAAUUAAAGACCUGAGUUGAAGACCACAACCACAAGAUGCCUUAAGGUUACAGGACACCCUUUUUGGCGUUUUGCGGAAAAUCGCUACUGCGCGCUCAAUAUCAGUCAAAAUAUGGUAAAGUUGUAAAAUUAACAAACAAUAAAAUAAUAUAAGAAUUAUUCAGGAAAAUCUUAAAUCGCGGUGCCGUUACGCUUUUGAGUUGUGCUCCUGCUGGUUUUAAGUUAUAUUUAUGAAAAUAUCAUUUUUAUACAGUAAAAUAGUUGUUCUAAAAAAUUGUGUUCGGAAUUUUUUGUUUAUUUCGUCAUUCCGCUGAUAUGGCGAUUUCUUUGACGACUGCAGUAUAUUUCUGAAUUGUUUGAGUGAAUUGCUCUGUAUUAUUAAAAUAUCCAAAAUUUAAAAAAAGCCGAACACAAGUUUGAAACUGACGUCUUUAGCUAUGUCCUGUGAAAAUUUGAGAAAAAUUGGUCAAAACCCGCAGGAGCACAACUCGUUUGAAAAUCAGUAAUUACCGUAAAAUUCUCCGGGAGAAAAUUGAAUUUGAAUAUUACAUUUUCAAUAUUACAUUUUCAAUGUUUUUCUUAUUGCAGCGAAAUGUAUUUUAUUAAAUAACUCUUCGAGUUUUCAACAUUUUUCGUUCAAACUUGGUCAGAUAGUAGAACUAGUCUAAUGCUUGGAAACCAAUAAAAAAAUUGUAGGCAAAAUUAACCCUCAAAGGUUUUCUGUAACCUUAAUGUUAUUUUUGUUGUGGCAGUUUUUCUACAUUUGGGUAUAAAAACACCGGGUUUUUUACUACUCUUGCAUGAAGAACGAAACAUAUGGAUUGAAAGAUACAUAAGAUAUCCUCGCAAUAUAUCACUUUUUAUUACCAAAUAACCAAUGCUAUUUUAUAUACGUAUACUUUUCGGGAAAUCUGUAUACGGAAAAGUGUUAUCAAAUUUCAAGUUUUGCGUGGCAACUCUUAUCCAGAUGGCGGAUACAUGCAUGCUGGAACCCGGCUAGAAGACAGCUAUGAAAAAAUUACAUUUAAUUUCACAUAAUUUUUUGAUGAAUCAUAUCUAAUGUGUAAUUAAUACCCUUUAUUAUAUAAAGUAUAGUGCUUUAUAGAGAUUUCAAGAACUGAUAAACGUGAUAAUCUCACAUGUGAGAUUAUUAUGAUCAUAAUUUCACAUGUGAAAAUUAUCGCUUUUCAGUUAUCGCUUUUCUGUAAAAAUUAUUGCUUUUCAAAGACUGUCCUUUGUAUAAUAAACAGAAAAAUACAUGGGUGCAUGCUUGGAAAUACCAGAUUUAUUUCUCGUGUUGAACUCGAAAUAAAUCUGGUAUUUCCGCGCACCCAUGUAUUAUUCUCUAUUUAUUUAUCGCUUUUCGCAUUUCAACAACACGCAGUUUUGAACGGUUUCUGCUGAUCGAAUAUCUGUAUUUACCUGAGUGCAUGAUCAUGCAUGUUUAAGAGCAUUCUUUACAUGCACGACACAAAUUUUCAAGAACACUUUUAAAGAUACUCUUUUGAAUUUCUCAGGGAAAGGCUGCCCUGCAUUUUUAAGGAUGAAGAAACCAAGCAUUUAUAGUUUCGAUGAUUUGUUUUAGACACACAAAAGAGAUGAUUCAGAAACUAGAAUCUGCUGGUUUGGGGUAUCAUGUUUCAGCUGAUGAAACUGAAGAUAAAUUAGGUAUGAUGCUACAGUAAUUUGUAGGUUCGGCAUUGAUGUAUAUACUAUAGCCUCAUGGACAGUUCUGUAAAACCGUAGAUUGUUUCCCCUUAUAAUGCUGGCUAUGCAAUAGCCAAAACUUCGGACAAAACCAACGUUGAAAUGCUGGAUAGGGGUUGGAGUUAUAGCAACUUUGCCUGUACAAUGUGCCAAUGUGCUAAUUCUAAAGUUUGUUAACUAAAUUUAUAAGUUACUGCGUACAUUUUUCAAGCAAAGCCUAUCGUAUGAGUAUUUAUAGUAUUUAUUUUUAAAAUUAAUCCUACAUUCCGCUUUUACCUAAUAUCUCCUUGAAAAUUUGUUUUUCGCUAACCACCAAUGCCAAACUGAGACUACCGGAACAUACAGCAAAAACCUUUCGUAUUUAAAAGAAAUUACAUGACCAUGCAUCAACCAAAUAUAAUUAUAUUGUUAUUUAAUUGACAGGGUCAAUUCCACUCCGACAACUUGUGUAUCGUGUCCACCCUUUGCCAGAGAGUAUGAGACCGCUAGUGUGGGACUUUGGCCAGCUUACAGAUCAUACAGAAGAACUUUAUACUGCGCAAAUUGUUCGACGGUUCAUGGUAUCACCCACGCCAGAUGUAAGUAUUAAAACAACUUGUUGCUUAAAAUUGGAUAUUCAAGACGAACGUUUCUCGCCAUUUAGCUAUACUUCUAAAGAAACAAAUGGUGUAAAUGAUCUUAAUGCACAAAUGGUGUAAAUAAUCUUAAAGCUCCGCACACGUUUCGCUUAAAAUUAACAAGCUAGGCCUACAAUAAAGCUUGCGAAGAACGAAAAAAGUUAGAAAAAAUGUGGUAUAAAUGACUUGCAUCGUCACCUUUUCUACAUAGUCAAAAGUCAGGCAGGUAGCUACGUGACACUAUUAAGAAGACGUGGUUGGCCAAUCAAUUGCUCGAGAGAAUGUAAUGAACACAACAUACACUCAGUUAAACACAAUACAGUAAUAAUUAACCCGCAUAAAAGAACUAUUGGGUUAAACACAUCCACUAUAUCAUAUGCAAUUCAGCUCCUAAAAUACGAAAGUGAUGUCUGAAGUUCAGUAAGUUUUGCUUUUAUUGCUGUAUACAUUUGGCAUCACUUGUAUCAUUGAUAAUUGUAUUUAAAUUGACUGAUAUAACUAUUAUUUUGUGUUUCUCGACCGCCAGAUACAUUUAGAAAGGUUGCUAACUGUGCAAAUAACAAAAUAAAGCUAAAACAAAAUAAUUUUGAGGUGAACGCCAAAAAUAUUUUAGGUUUUGAACACUGUUCAUAACAAAUGGCUGUUACUAAGGAAUAGAUAUUGUUUAUUGUACUUCUUCUCAUUUAUUUCAAAUUUUAAAUAUUUUUAUUCUGCUUCGUUUGAAAGCUUGUUUCUGCCGGACCAGCUAGAGGAGGUGUUCAUGGAACUUUAUACAAUGCUGCACAAGCAUCUUGUAUUGCCAAAGUGUUGUCAGCUUCACAGCAAUAUAUGCGGAAACAAGAGGUAAGGAAUGUUUGGUUUUUUUGGUGUUUUUUUUAGAUGAUGGUACUCUGAGUGGCCCACACUGGGAAAGCUGAAAAGUUUGCUUGACCACAGCAGGAAUCAAACCCGCGAUCCACACCUCGAUCACACAAACGUUUCAGCCUGCCUGGUGUGGACACACUCAGAAUAGCAUCAUGUGAAAAAAUUCCACCUGAGUACGUUACACCACGUCUAUUACAUUCGUAAAGAAUAUAAUAGUUGUGGUAAUAAUUAAGAAUUAUUGGAUGAGGCUAAGCAUGUUAUCAGAAUUAUUCAGACCGAGGUCAGCGUUAUCUGCUGAAGCGAAGCUGAGGCAGAUAACGCUGACCGAUUAACAAAUUAACAAAUCAACGUAAUAAUUUCAUUCCUAAUAAUCAAUCAAAUAAUUUCGAUUAUCAAAUCAACUCGUGAUCAACAAAUCAACCUCCCGCUAAGCGAUCGGUUGAUUUUGUAAUCACUCGUAUGAUUAUGGCAUUAAUAGCACUCCUAUUCGUUCUAUUACCAUCAUUAAUUGCACUCUUCAGGAGUGCAAUUAAUGAUUUUCGUGAUGGCUGGGGGAGCGGGAAAUCAAACCAAGAAAAAUCCAAUAUGGCGGUAAAAUUUAUCUUGUAUAAAUAACCAUAACCCCUAACCAUAAAUAACAAACAUGGACGAAUUUAACUAAAUUUUGGCACAAGAAUGAGUUAAAAAAAACAUAGUAUGGCAAAAAGAACCUGUGGUUCUCGUUUAUGAUUUUCCCUGAUUUAAAGAACGGGGGAAUUGAAAGCAAAAGCGAAACUACAUAGUAAACAAUUGAUUUUUUACUUUUGAUUGCUUUAUUAAGGAUAUUUUGGGUGAUAAAACUCGUUUUCGCUUUCAUUACUAUUAUUUGAUACAGUUCAUCAAGUGGAACCUUCCAAGAUGGCAGAUGAUUUUCGAUCUCUGAUGUUUUUCGUUUUAUUUUAUACAUUACAUUACAAAAUGUAUUGGCCUGUACUGCAGAAUUGAACGGUAUUGCCUCAGGCAUAUACCUGGAAAGAAACAAGCCCAUUCUGGGUGAAUUAAACAUGGUUUAUGGUCAAAGUAGCGGUGGACGACCGGAGUCACAUGGCUUAAAAUAUCUUGCUGCUCGGGUGAAGCGAUACCCGAAUUCAACUUCCACAUUUCAAUUAACUCGUAUAGCAAUAAGUGGAGACGUGUCUCCUAACAAUGGUCCUUCAGUGAAGUGCAAAGUGUGUUUAAGAACGAUUGCUCGUAACCAUCGAGCUGUACUUUUAGGCCGUGGGCCGUUGUGCGAAAAAGUGCUUGGAAAAGCAAUUUCGUGGCAACCCCCUGGGGAAUAGAUUUUCUGUGGUUCAAUGCACAGUACCAUAGAUGCUCAAUUACCACAAAAAGUUCCCAAGCAAAAAACUUGCCAAACACCGAGAAAAUGGGUGAUCAGUGAUUAUACUCUAUUAAAUUGUAUUACAGCAAAAAAAAUGUGAAAUUUUGUAUUCAAUUACAACAAAAAUGACUAGCAUCAUCGGAAAGCUUACAAAAAACUGGAUAUAAGACAUUUAAACAGUUUUUUUAUAUCUCAAAUUGUUUUCGAGUUAUACGCUGUCAAAAACGCAUUUUUGACCUAGUACCCAGUCCUUAUUGCCACAAUUUGGUCCAAUUUUCACAUUUAAAACAGCAAUAACUCAAAGACUAUUUGUAGGAUCAAAAAACUGUUUGAAUGUCUUAUAUGCGUUUUUUUGUAAGCUUUCUGAUGAUGCAAGUCAUUUUUGUUGUAAUUGAAUACAAAAUUUCACAUUUUCUUGCUAUAAUACCAUUUAAUAGGGGAUAAUCACUGAUCACCCAUUUUCUCGGUGUUUGGCAACUUUUUUGCUUGGGAAUUUUUUGUGGUAGUCGAGUAUCCAUGGUACUACGCAUGGAAUCACAGAAAAUCUAUUCCCCAAGGGGUUGCCACGAAGUGAAAUAAUUUUGGCCAACGGCCCACGGCCUAUUUGUGAUUCAUGUAAAGGGCAGAGUCAUCUAAUGUGUCAACAUAAGGCCUAGUGAAUAUAAACGGAUUCAGCAGUUGUCCUAUGGAGCGUGGACCUGUCCUACCUGUAUUGGUAUAUUGAUACAAAAUGAGUUGCCAUUUAAUCAGGUAGAUAACUCUACCUUUGAAAUUUGUUCAUGGAUGAUGCAUCAAACACAGUUGAGGAUCAGGUGGGGGAAACCAGUGAAACUGAUAAGAGGGAUUUUGCCAGUCUCCCCAAUCUUCGAACUGACCACAGUUCAGAAUAUCUCAUAGGCCAUUUGAACAUAAACAGCUUCCAAAAUAAAUUUGAGGAAAUGAAGGAAAUUAUACUAAAAUUGAGAAUACAAGUGAUGAUAAUCAGUGAAACGAAAAUCGACUCCUCUUAUCCAGACAGCCAAUUUGCCAUACCUGGAUAUAUGAUAUAUCGCAGUGAUAGGAAGAAAGGAGGGGGUGGAAUUCUAGUGUAUGUAUCCUCAAGGGUAAUCUGUAAGCGGGUUAAAGUUCCUCGAUACUACAAGACGAUUGAAUCCCUGGUGUUGGAAAUUGAGCUGAAAAGAGGAUGUGUUAUCGAGGCGGUCUGUACCGACCCCCAAAACCUCUUGUAAGCAACUAUCAGCAACAGUUUGAGGAGGAGAUCAAUCACUUGUGUAACUGGGUUUCAUUCGAGACAGGCAGUUGUAAUGUUGGACGAUUUGAACCACGAUAGACUCCGGCCGGACCGGGCUGAGGGCAAGUUAUUGAUUGACGUAGAGGAGACUCAUGGAUUUGUAUGUUUGAUAACACAACCAACAAGGAUACAGACAAGAGGCACAAAGACUACCAAGACUCUUAUUGAUGUCAUUCUGACAAACCAACCACAUUUGUUUAUUCAUAGUGGAGUUUAUGACCCAGGGCUUAGUGACCACCCACUGGUGUAUGGAUUCAUGCAAGAAAAGGUACCCAAGUGCAAAGCUAGAGUUAUUAAAUUUCGUUCAGCUAAGAAUCUAAAUGAGGAUGAUUUCAAGAAUCAUUUGAGAUGUGCACCUUGGCAUGUUGGAGAAGUUUUUGAUGAUGUGGAAGACCAAGUUGGCUCAUAAAAUGAGCACUCUUUUGACAGAAAUUGUUGAUGAGCAUAUGCCACGUAAACAGAUGCGGGUUAGGGAACAGGAUGUCCCCUACAUGACCAUGGAAUGGAAGGAAGCAAUACGGGCAAGACGUAGGGCGGGUAGACGGUACCGAAAAACCAACUCGCUCGAGAACUGGGAAUUACUAAGAAAGUUACGAAACGAAGCGACUAUAGACUCAGACGGAAGGCAAUUAAUAAUAGUAAUAAAUUAUAAUAAAUAAUAAUGGUUUAAUAGCAUUUCCACAUUGUGGCUAUCCUAUGCUACAAAAGGUUACAUGCAUACAUUAUGACAACAUUAAAUUACUACAAUAUGAUAGUAUAUUAGAGACCUAUACAUUUCAAGAGAUAAUCAAACGACAAAAACGGUACGAAACUAUGGACAGACUACGUAACAAUAUAAACACAUUGUACUGCAUACUAAAUGUUGCUAACUUUGUUCAUUGCUAAGUCUCUGAAAUGAGCGAAACAAUUUCGGCAACACUCUCUAAAGUUAUUACUGUUCCGAGUGUCUUCGGGAAGAUCGUUGAACACCCGAGCAGCCUCGCCUUGAAAGGUACCAGAGACACGUGGAACGACUAAGCGACAAUUAAGGGUUAUUGGAAAAGAAAAUCAGAGGAACUAAAGAUCAACCCCCAAGACUUCUAUAAAACAUUCACACCCUUUUUGGGGUCGAAAUCGAAAUGCAGGAACUAUUCAGAUAUCAAUAUCAAUGGUCAAGUUAGUAGGGACAAGGAGGAGAUUGCAGAUGUCUUUGGGGAGUAUUUUGCAACAAUAGCUGAUGAUAUUGGCCAAGUUGAUGCAAAUAAGAACUCCUUAGAUGAUUUUAAUGAUCACAGUAGUGUGGCAGCCAUUACAGAUUCCAAUCCUACUGACAAUCAAUUCUUUAAAUUCCUUAAGUUGGAAACAAGGGACGUGGAAGAAGCAUUGAAGGGGCUAAAUCCGCGCAAAGCUACAGGAUGGGACCAAUUUACCACCUAAGGCAUUGAAGUUGGGGGCAACAGAAAUAGCAUUACCAUUAACGAAUUUAUAUAAUAUUUGUAUUGAACAAAGACUCUGGCCGAAUGACUGGAAGAAAGGCGAGUGGACUCCAGUCCACAAGAAAGAUGAUAAACUUGAAAAAGAAAAUUAUCGGCCGGUGACUGUUCAAAUCGCCAUUAAUAAAAUUUUUGAAAAAGUACUUACUAAACAAAUAACUGAAAGUUUUGAUAGUCGAUUGAGUGAAUAUCUUACAGCUUACAGGAAACGUCAUAGCUGCCAGACUGCGCUCUUGUUUUUAACAGAGAGCUGGAGACAGGCUUUGGAUAAUGGAGAGUGCGUCGGUUUGCUGUCGACAGAUAUGAGUAAAGCCUUUGAUAGUAUGCUUCCACCACUCCUGUUAGCGAAAUUGAAAGCUUACAACUUUGAUGAGCAGAGUCUUAAACUUAUGACUUCGUAUUUUAUGCAUCGCUACAGUAGAGUGAAGUUGGAAAGCACAACGAGCGCAUGGAAAUGGGUGAAAAUAAGGCUGCCCUCAAGGGUCAGCAUUUGGGCCUAUGCUGUGGAAUUUAUGUCAAAAUGACUUGACAUACGUUAUGGAGUCAAGCAUUUGUAUGUAUGCGGACGAUCAUCAAUUGUUUGAAACACACCAGGAUAUAAAGAUUAUUCAAAACAGACUGCAAGAAAGCGCUAUCAUGGCAUCUAAAUGGUAUGAGGCAAAUUAUUUACAGGGGAAUUUCACGAAAUACGGUGUUAAUCAGCAAGAAAAAUACGCAUGUUAAUCAGCAAGAAAAAAGACCUCAAUACGAACAUUGAUAUUCAAGGCAACACAGUUACUCCCUACAAAAGUAUUAAAUUAAUGGGAGUAAACAUUGACUGCCAAUUAAUUUUUAGGGAUCAUAUAAGUGAAGUCUGCAAAAAAUCUAGCCAGAGAGUAGGAGUAAUCAUGAGACUACGGAACAUGAUUCCUACAGCAACGAAACUCCAGUAUAUAAAGCAGCGAUCCUACCGUACUUAACGUAUUGUAGUAUGAUUUGGCAUUAUUGUAGGGGAAGUGAUACCCGAAUGGUAGAACGCGUUCAGGAAAGAGCGUUACGGGCAAUAUAUUGUGACUGGAACACUUCUUAUAAGCAGUUAUUAGAAUGGGCUAAGCUACCUACCUUAUUAAAUCGAAGACUGCAAGAUAUUGCGACCAUCAUGUAUAAGGUCAAAUCUAAGAUCUGCCCAAAUUACAUGGUAGACAUGUUUUCCAGAAACUCAACAGUAUAUAAUCUAAGAGUAAAGGAAUUUUGUAUCCCUAGAUUUAAUACAGUGAACUACGGUAAACAUUCUCUUAGAUAUUUUGGGCCACUACUAUGGUGUAAGCUACCAGCAAACAUAAGAACAAUUAGUCAUUACUAGAAAUACAUGCAUGCAAUAACCCUUCGCCUGUUUUCAAAAGAUGUAUACUCAGUGCCGUUGCGAGCACUUCGUCUCAGGGUGUGUGUGAGGUUAGAUAGAAAGGGGGGGGGGGGUUACCAAAAUGUUUCCAGAUGUACAAAAAAUUUUCAGGACAUAUAAUGAUUUUUCCGAAAAUACAGUUAUUUUCCAAAUUCACUUUCUCAUGUCCUGAGAAUUACCUGAAUUCCCCUGAAAAUCUUCUGCAAAUCUACUUAAAUUUACCUGAAAGUGCACUGGAAAUCUACCUGAAAUUCCUCAUGAAUAAUUAUCAGGGGUGUUGCACCCCUCCCCCCCCGGCGAGUUUCAAGUAAACACUCUCUGAUUUAUUGUUCAUGUAUUUCACCUCCCAAAAUAUUGUGCAUCAUACUCUAGAGCAUUUUGCUGUUGUCAUGCUCUAGCGUGGUUCAAAUUUAUGAAUUUUUAUUAUAUAAAGUAUAGUGUUUUAUAGAGAUUUCGAGCACUGAUAAAAAUGAUAAUCUCACAUGUGAAAUUAUUCAUGAUAAUCUCACAUGUGAAAAUUAUCGCUUUUCAAUUAUCGCUUUUCUGUAAAAAUUAUCGCUUUUCAAAGACUGUCCUUUAUAUAAUAAACAGAAAAAUACAUGGGUGGUUGGAAAUACCAGGUUUAUUUUUCGUGUUGAACAUGACAUCUCACUCGUUCGCUGCGCUCACUUGUGAGAUAUCAUGUUCAACACUCGAAAUAAAUCUGGUAUUUCCGCGCACCCAUGUAUUAUUCUCAGAUAUUGAAACUACAACUUGACUGGUUUAAAUUAUUAUCAAGUUAUCAGUGAUUAUAAAAGUUGCAGAUAGAAGUGUUUUGUUUUAUAUUAUUAUCAAGUUAUCAGUGAUCGCAAAACCUCCAAAUCCUUAAUUUCAAAAGCCCCGCCGGGGCUAAUGCACUUAUCAUCGGCUUCCCCGGGGGUCGAUCCCCGAACCACCCAGGGGCUUUUGUUAAGAGGAUGGAACAAAACAUUAACAAAGCCCCUGGGUACAGGGGAAAGUUUAAUGACAAAAAUCAUGUUACAGCUAGCCCCCUACCCCCGUGGCAAAAAAGCAAACAUAACAUCCCUAACAAAAACAAAAUAUUAUAUAACUGGUGAACUGGAUACAAAAUACAGCAGAAAAGUAAACAAUUUUAAAAUAACCGUCCAAAAAUGUCAGGUUCAAGCAUGUAAAGCAUGCACGCUUGAAAGAGUUUAUUUGCGCAUGCGCUGAAUUAUAAAUAAUUAGGGUAAGAUGAAGUUUAUACUAUUCGAACUCGAUGAUUCUUAGAUACGAGUAAUGUCCAAUACAGGCAUCGAUAUCUGAUGUCUGAUGGUGAAGAUGGUGUAUGAUGGUCGAAGUGUGUCAGAUGGUUGUCAGAUGGUGUAUGAUGGUGUAAGGUGGUUGUACAGGGAAGGAUUGUCAGAUGGUGUAUGAUGGUGUAUGAUGGUCAAAGUGUGUCAGAUGGUUGUCAGAUGGUGUAUGAUGAUGUAGGGUGAUUAUACAGGGAAGGGUUGUCAGAUGAAGAUUGUGUAUGAUGGUCGAAGUGUGUCAAAUAGUUGUCAGAUGGUGUGUGAUGGUCGAAGGGUGUCAUUCGGUGUAGGAUGCUUAUACUACGUUGCUAUAUUUUAUUAUUACUUACAUAUACUGUGGCCAACUAUGUAUAUAAAAAUAUAAUAUUAUAUCUCACAUUACGGUUCUCAUGUGGGAAACGUAAUUCAAAGUAUUUGACAGAAUAUAUUUAAAUGCAUUUGACAGACAUGUUCGAGGUAAUAAUUAACAAUAUAAUAUGAAUAUAUUAUAUCUCACAUUACGGUUCUCAUGUGGGAAACGUAAUUCAAAGUAUUUGGCUAAAUAUAUUUAAAUGCAUUUGACAGACAUGUUCGAGGUAAUAAAUAAAAAUAUAAUAUGAAUAUACUUCACCACCUGACAACCGAUGGUUAUAUCUAUAUUGGACAUAUAUGUUAGAUACCACUGACCAUAUGUGAAACAAAAUCCCGCGGGUUUAUCCCGGGGGUUAACAGUGCCUGUUACCAAACCCAAACAAUUCCCCUUCCCCGAGGGACACUAUUUUUUACAAAAGACAACGAAUCCCCUCCUGUUCCCUGGGGUUCCCCCUGGGGUGUCCCAGGGGUCGACCCCCGGGGAAGCCGAUGAUAAGUGCAUAAGGUUCGAGUGGAAAUGCCCAACCCCCGGGAUGUGCUUUACAGGAAAAUGGCGAGGGGUUGGGCACACUUGGAUUUGGCUGAUGCAUUAAAAGUCAUGGAAAAAGAAAAAACUUUUCAUAUUGCUACUAUAAAAUGGCUUAUUGUGCUUAUUCCUGUGCUUAUUCCAGACUGCUUGUCAAAUAUUUACUUGCAAGAAGUAGAAAUUUACUCUGACCACUGGAUGAAGAAGACAUUAAAUAAGUACCGGUCAAUAAACAGAAAUGUAUUUUAUUUCAUACUAUUACAAUUUUAUUUUAAUAAAAUAUAAACAUGCCACAUAGAAUAUGCAAAUUCGAGGCAAAAUUAUUGUUGAAUCGGUUUAUUUAUAGGAUUGUAUAACAAAUAGCAACUAUAAAAGUUUAUACCUUGUCUUCACAUCGCUUUAUUCUGUUAGCCAAUGCUUUUAAAUUUACAUAUUUUAGAAUCAGUUCCUUUCCUGGUAACUGCAUUUCUAAAUGAAAUCAUCGUGAGUAGUGAGUGCUGAGCAGGCCGUUUUACUAAAAACAAAUUUUAGGAAUUGAUAACAACUUUGAAAAAUAUAUCGUUGCACAUUCGGUCACAGUCGGAAAAAUGUUCAUAGUAUGUUGUACCGUCGCUUGCAACUAACGAUGAACAGUCGCUCAUAAAAACAUUCGCGUGAUUAGAAUCUUCAAUGUUUGUCAAGAACAACAACACUUAAUUGUUGUUUCCCAUGUGUACAAUAAUAAGUAACAAAACUUUGUGUGGUCUGAACGUGUUGGGCUAGAGACCUACUGGAAACCUUUACAGGCUUUUUAAUGAGAAUAGAGAAUGUUUUAUCUGCAACUGUUCACCCUUAGUUGCAACCGACGGUAUUUGACAGCAUAAAAUUGCCUAUGGCUGUGAUAACUGAUAUAAAUAAAAUACAGUCUGGUUAUACUGACUUGAGCGUGUCAUGACAAACUCUUUAUUGGAAAAUUGUGAAGAAAUAGUCGAAUAUAGAGGGUCGAAUAUCAUACUUCAACUUGUAUAGCUACAGUAUUAUUGGUACAUAGCGUUGUGAAGACAAGCCUUUUCUUACCUUUCGCUUCAGCAGUCUUUUCCAUGCUUCUCUACGCUUUCCCAGGUGAGCUUCUCUUUCCUCAGCAGUCUCCUCGAGCAAACGUUGUCGUCUUCGCUCCCUUCUUUUCGCUAGACGCUCGGCUUUCUUGUCGUUUCCUUGCCGCUCUUCAUUUGGCUCCAUAUCUUUUCAAUUG